CUGUAAAAGAAAAGGAGAGAGAGAUAGAUACUGAUAAAAACAAAAAAAGGGUAUUAUUAUUAUGAAGAAGUUCUUUUUUUUGAAAUCUUUGUCAAGAUCAGUCCACGAUGAAGAAGAUCAUCAGCAACAGAAUGAGACCAAGAUUGCAGAUGAUGGUGGGACGUGUACAUCGCUAACGGUGUGGAGAAAGUCACUUAUAAUUAACUGCAAUGGAUUUACAGUGAUUAAUUCACAUGGAGAUUUAGCUUAUCGUGUGGAUAGUUAUAUGGUUCGUCCUCAUGAACUUAUUCUCAUGGAUGGUUCUGGAAAAUCUGUCCUUACAGUGCAUCGACGAAAGAAGCUUGGAUUGGGAGAUAAUUGGGAAGUGUGCGCAGGGGAAGUAGGUAGAUAUUGUUCAACAACAACUGAAUUGACAAAGAAGCCAAUUUGGAGUGUGAAGAAACAUAUCAGCAUACUACGAGGAAAUGACAAUGUACUUGCACAUGUUUAUAGAGGUAGCUGCAUAGAGAAAAGAAAUAAUUACUCAUAUGUUAUUGAAGGUUCUUAUAGGCAGAGAUCAUGUAAAAUCAUGGAUGAAUCAAGAAAUGUUGUCGCAGAAAUCAAGAGGAAAGAAGCAAUGGUAGUUGGGGUUUCUUUUGGGGUUGAAGUUUUCUUAUUAGUUGUACAGCCAGGGUUUGAUCCUGGAUUUGCUAUGGCUCUUGUUUUAUUGUUGGAUCAAAUGUUUUCAUAGAUUAAUACAUGUUUUUAUGCUUUUCUCUUUUUUUUCA